GACUGGAGAAGAGGAGGAGGAGGGAGCGGGGGGGGAGGGAGGAGGGAGGGCGGCAAAAGAAGGAAGGGCACAGUGAUAAGCAUUCGCUGCUGCUCUACUGUCGAACGGCUAUGGAGUGGUUGAAACGCUUCUCUCGUCUUCUCGCCGAGGGUAGAUCUGCGAAUUCAACGGACAAGAGGAACUUGACGGUCAGGAUCAACGUCCUAGAUUCAUCGAGACUCCAGGCACGACGAGAAAGCCCGAUGGUGGUCCCCACCAGCAUCUCUUUACCAGAAAAGCAGCAGGGAUACCCUCAGCAAGAUACGUCUUGGGUCUCCUCUAACCGGUGCGGCUAUGGCGGCGGCCAUGGUUUCCGCUUCCGCCGCUUGUUUGCCGCAGCAGCCUCGUCUUCUUCGAGGACCGCUCGUCAGAUCCUCAACGACGAUUCAAAAGAUGCACAGAGCUUUCAGCUCGGAACGAUUGCUGGGGACUUAGAACUUUCCAUGGUGAUGGAAUCUCUCUCUCUCGAGACAGAUGGGAGGUAUCAUGCAGGGGGAGGUGGGGGUGAUGUAGUGAUCGGUUUCCAGCCGACGGAUCAUCUUCGUCAUCGGGUGCACGAAGGUCUUGGCGAUGGCGAGGACCUAGUCGGUCGUGUGGGCCAAGGAUUGGCCAGGACGAGGAGGAGGAAAUGGACGUCGAGGAGAGCGCCGUUUGCGGCCACGAGCUUGAAUCUGCUGCAUGGACGUGGGAAAGGAAAGGUCGAAGGCAGAGAGGCCGGGAUGGAAACAGAUCGAGCGAAUGGAAGGGAACCAAAUGAUAGGGUCUGCCCUCUCCAGGAGGGGGGAGGGGGAGAGGAAAACGGAGGUGUGAAGGGAGACGGGCAGAAUGCACUCUCUGGCAAGAGUUGUUCGUUUGCAGCAGCUGCAGUCUUGAGUCUGCUUCAGGGAUCUGGGUCAGGUAGUGUGCUAUGCCGAUCGUCAGCUAAAGGUGACAUGGGAGAACGAGAGACGGUGGCAGGGGAGCCAACACGUACUACUAAGGAGUCGAGGCAGGCACGUGGCCAUCUCCUGGAGGAAGAGAAGAAGAAGGAUAAGGUCAACGGUAACCAGGAUCAUUGCAGGAUGACACGUGUCCGGCAGGCAGGGAACAAGCCGGCUAUGGCGGAAGAUCUGCUGGAGUAUGCGUCCCUCGGCGUCAGACGUAUCGCCAAAGGGAAGCAAGGAGGAGAGCAAGUCUUAGAGAAGAAGUGGAAACUGAUCAACCAUAGCCAGCGAGCCAGUCAGGCCGUCAGCAGAGAGGAGGAGGGGGAUAGUCAUGUGGACGAAGACAAACCUGCGAAGACCAAGGCCCAGGAGAAGCCUGGGAUGCUAUUAAACUCUCCGACCCACACAUCCGAGAUGUCUGAGAACCGUUCUCAGAUGUCAGAGAAGACUCAGAAGCAUUCGGAAAUGUCUGAGAAUGGUUGUGAUAAGGGUAAAUUGGGUGAAGAGAUGUGCUUGGACAUGAGACUGCAGCGGCUGAAGACGACAGGAGAACGGCUUGCAUCGGCGAUCAGCAAUGUUCAGGUGUCUGACAACGGUCUAAAGACUGAGAUGCCCGAGGAGAAGAACUCGGACGUGGGUACGAAAGAGCUUGUCGCAGAAGUUUCUAGGGGCCUAUCGGAAAUCGGCAAGGACUUGCGAAUUCCCGUAACUAGUACUUAUAUCCCACCUGUGGGGCCUGUGAGGGCCUUGGAAUUGAAGCAGCUGUUAUGUGGAGCCCUUGCAGGUGGAGCCGCAGCGACAGCAGUUGGCCCGUUGACCGCCCUGGUCACAAGGAUGGUGGCGAGGAGUGCACCCCCUCAGUCCACACCUCAGGUUCUUGGCAGUGUGCUCAAAAUGCAAGGCUUUCAGCUAUUAACCUUCCUUAGGAAUGUGCUAAUUGUCUCGACAGCUAGGGGCAUCGACUUCGUAACCUACGAGACUGUUCGCAGGCGUAUCCUUGGUGUCCCCAGGGGUAAAGAACCCCGGGUGCUCCCGUUUUCAAGGGGUAUUUCCCUUGCCACCCUUCCAGGGGCUGCUGCAGGGGUUAUGGCAACUUUGACAGUCUACCCUGCAGUCAAUUUGGUAGAUAGAAUAAAUGCGGAACCUAGCAGAUACAAAGGCCUCCCAGAUGCCUUAAUCAAGGUCCUUCGGAACGAAGGGGUUAGUCAUCUUUAUACUGGUUUGGCCCCUACCCUGCUGGUACUCGUUCCAAGUGCGAUCGUCAACUACUACACCUACAACACUCUGAAAAACUUGUACAUCAGAAGACAUUUGGAGGUGGAUAGGAUAAACAGCUGGAACACGAUAUGGAUGGGUGCUGUGGCAGGGGCUGUAGCGCGAUUCAUGACCUUCCCUCUGGUGGUCACAAGAAUGGACAUGACUUUCUCUCUCGCCACCGACCCUGUGUUCAACUGGGCCCCUUCGCCCCAAGGUUUCACCAACACGUGGUCGGCCUUGCACACGAUCAUUCAGAACGACGGCAUUAUGGGGUUGUAUCGAGGUGUGGUGCCCUCUGUGGUCUCGGUUGCCCCUCGGUCGGCCGUAGAGUGGGCCGUUUACGAAGCUGCAAAACGAGUCUUCAUCGCAGUUGGAGAAGAGGACAGGAACCAGUUCAAGGAUGCUUCAGAAACUGCCUAAUGGAGCACCACCAAGGUCCAUGUCACUACUGGUCUUGACUCUUGACUGCACCUUGCUCGAUCAUAGUUUGAGCUCU